AUGUCUGUAUUUCUCGUCACUGAUGAUGGUGAUGAUGAUAUUCAAAUUCCUAAACAUGAACAUCUUUAUCAACAAAUAAAAGAACUUGAAUAUAAUUUUUCAUCUAUUAAAUCUUCAUUAUCGAUAUUUACUAAUCCUAAAACUUAUCAUUGUCGGCGCCGUUAUCGGCCGCAGCAAUGUUUAGUGAAGCAUUUGCUCACCUACAUGUUCACAUUGCUUUUCCUAAUCAAUCAUCUUCAUUGGUCAAUAAUAUUUUUUUCCUUAUCUUCAAUAAAACUCAUGACAACAUACGCAUCAACAACAACAUUUGGUCCAAAAUUAUCGCCGUCCAUAAUAAAAGAGGACGAACAACAAUGUUUAUUAUUAAAUGGUUUAUACAUCGAUCGAUUAUGUUCAAAAACUUGUCUUGCACAAAAAUCACCAUUCGAAAAAUUCGACAAUAUCAAUCAAUUAUCAUUAAAUUUACAUUAUUUACCAUUUUGUUCAAAUUAUACAUUAAAUCAUUCGAUAAAUCAAACAAAUUUUUUCAACGAAAUAACAGAAAACGAAUGUCGAAAAAUAUUCAAUCAAUUAAUUACAAACGACAAAGAAGCUCAAAAAGCUUUAUUACUUUUUGUUACUUAUAUGGAAGCUAUCGAUUCAGCAUCAGUAGAAAAUCGUUAUUCAAUAAUCAAUGCCGAUUGUCAAAAAGCUUAUCAAACAUGGGCUUGUUCAGUCAAAAUUCCAUACUUUUAUCAAAAUCGUCUUAUACCGCCUUGUCGAACGAUCUGUGAUGAAGUCGAGCGUGUUUGUCCCACAUUUAGACCCAGUGAUCGUGAACCAUUAUUUGCUGGACAACCAUUGUUCUUUUGCGAUGGAGAUAUUGUACCAAACAGUGAUUAUGGCCAACCACCACAUUGUUUUGAUACAUGUCAUCUAGCUGAUGGUUCAUUUCAACUUCAUUCCGACUCGUCGUCAUCAAAUAAAUCUUCAUUGACAAAAACUAACAAAGAUCAUGUGACUAAAUUGCCAUGUUUUGAAAUCAAACUUUUGCCGCCUUCUCCAUCUAAAGAAUUAUUAUUACCUUUAUCUAUCAAUAAUUCAAUAUUCAAUUAUACAAAUAAUACAUUUAUUUCUGCAUCAGCUAUAUCUAUUAUAUCAUCAAUUUGAAUUGAUUUAGGUGAUAAUGAGGUUAUUCAUCGAUGGGGUGAGGAUGAUGGUAUUGGACAAUCAAUUGGUAUAUGGGGAAAUGUAACAACUAUAUUUGGUGUACAAUUUAACAAAGCUAAAAUAAUAAAAUCAAAUAUAUCUGAUGUAUUGAAAUAUGGUGGCAAAGUUCGUGUUAAUAAUUAUCUUGAUUCAAAAUGGAAACCAUUACAUGUGACAAUUAUUCUUGAAAAAGCUCAUAGUGCUACUGAUCAAGAAGGUUAUAAUGUAUUAUAUAGCAAUUGUGAACAUUUUGCUACUGAUUGUCGUUAUGGUCAAGCAAGUUCUCGUCAAGUACAAGUAGCAGUUGGAGGAUCAAUUGCGGCUGGGGUAUGCAUGGCAGUUGCACUUGCUGUUGGUGCAUAUCUCUUAAGUGGCUCUUCGAAAGAUGAAGAAAAAGAAGAUAAUGAGAAAGAAAUAAAAAUCAGACUGACUUAA